UGUUAAAUGAUAAUGUAUGCCACUUACUGUUUUGUAUUAGCAAUACUAGUUGCUAUUGGCAACGGUUACUUUUCAACCACACACAUUGUACAGUGUCAUACAUUUUAAUUUGUUUUGUUUACUAUCUGUAUUGUAUGCGGGGAAAGGGUGUUCAGCGUGCUAGCAACAUAUCAACGAUUUUUUUUGAUUUUUGUUAUUUUGUUCAAUGACUUUUGAGUGCGGAUGUAAAAACAAUGAGCUGAUCAUAUCACUACAAAGUGAACUCGAUUUCUAUAAAAAUGAGCACGAGAAAUUGCGGGAGAAAAUUGACGAAAUAACACAAUUUAAUGCAGCACCGUGCAAUGAUGAUACUUAUAAAACAUUCAUUCAGGCCAAUGCUGAUUUUCAAACGUACAAAAAAACCUCCACUGAUGCCAUCAAUAAUCUAAAAGGACAAAUUCAAUAUAUAGACACGGAGAGACUGACAUACUAUAAUUUAUGGAAAAUAUCACAGCAAACUAUUUGCAAUUUAGAAGCCGAAAUCGAUCAAUAUUUAAAACAAUCGAAUAAUCCCGAUUCUGUUCAACAAUUGGCUAAUCAAAUUCGAGCUUCCGAACAAAAAAUUAUCGAACUCAGGCAUGAAAUAGACUCAGGAAAAACGAUAGAAAUGAGCUUGGCAAAAAGCAAAAGUAUUUGUGAGGCCCAAAUGAAUGCAUUGGACAAGAAAUAUAAUGAUUUGGCGAUCGAACACAAAGAGGUGUUGGCGCAAUUAAAAAACAUGGAAAAUGUUCUGCGUGAAAAUCGCUUUGAAAUGGUCGAAAUACGAAAAGAGCGUGAUGAGUACAAAAAACAAAUGAAAUCCUUAAGUGAAUUGCAUAAACAAUAUCAAGUGCGAGAAACAGUUGCUCAUACAAAAAUUCAAGAUGCACUUCACAUGGUUGAAGCUGCAUUGGCCGAGAAACAUGCGGCACUGCAACGAGAGAAGGAAAUUCGUGAUGAAUGUGAUCAAUUAGCACUGACGAUUGGCCGAGUGAUGGAAGAGGCUGGUGAAAAAGUUGAAGUCAAUAUCGACGAGAUUAAGUCCAACUAUGCGCAACGAUUACAAAAGUUUGAGGAUAUCAUUAAAAAAUUGAUUGUGUCAAAAGAAACAUUAGCCAAAAAUAAUCAUUUAUCAAAGAAGCAACUGCAUGAAAUGCAAACCAGUGUUAGCGACAUUAUGAGUGACAAUAAAAGGCUCAACGUAGACUUGGAAACCGCUUCAAAAACAAUAGUGGAACUGGAAAUGAAGCUAAAAGCAUAUGAAAAAUUGAUUGCAUGUGAACAGGCGACCUCAAAAGAAUGCGAAGAUCGUUCAAACCAGUUACGAACUCUUUUGGACAACAACAUAAAGCUGAAGCAAAAAUGGAGAGAUUCAUACCAUGAAAUGACGGAAAGCAUGAAAAGGGAAUUGGUACAUCUUCAAAGUGAAAACUCUCGGCUGAUUACUGAAAAUCAAAAAUUGAACAAAGAAUUGUUCAAACGAAAUAAAAGUUGAUACUUAAAUU